AUGGAGUCAAGUAAAAAGAUGGACUCUCAUGGUGCACUGCAGACUAACCCGCCACUAAAGCUUCACCCUGACCGCAGUGCUGGGACAUCAGUUUUCGUCCCUGAACAAGGAGGUUACAAAGAAAAGUUUGUGAAGACUGUGGAGGACAAGUACAAGUGUGAGAAGUGCCGCCUGGUGCUGUGUAACCCGAAGCAGACCGAGUGUGGGCACCGGUUCUGCGAGACCUGCAUGGCAGCCUUGCUGGGCUCCUCAAGUCCAAAAUGUACAGCGUGUCAAGAAAGCAUCAUUAAAGAUAAGGUAUUUAAGGAUAAUUGCUGCAAGAGAGAGAUUCUGGCUCUUCAGAUCUAUUGUCGGAAUGAAAGCAAAGGUUGUGCAGAGCAGUUAACACUGGGACAUCUGCUAGUACAUUUAAAAAAUGAUUGCCAGUUUGAAGAACUUUCAUGUGUGCGUGCUGACUGCAAAGAAAAAGUACUGAGAAAAGACCUGUGUGAUCACGUGGAAAAGGCCUGUAAAUACCGUGAGGCCACGUGCAAUCACUGCCGGAGUCAGGUUCCAAUGAUCACAUUGCAGAAACAUGAAGACACCGAGUGUCCCUGUGUGGUGGUGUCCUGUCCUCACAAAUGCAGUGUCCAGUCUCUUCUGAGGAGUGAGUUGAGUGCACACUUGUCAGAGUGUGUCAAUGCCCCCAGCACCUGUAGUUUUAAGCGCUAUGGCUGCGUUUUUCAGGGGACAAACCAGCAGAUCAAGGCCCACGAGGCCAGCUCUGCAGUGCAGCACGUCAACCUGCUGAAGGAGUGGAGCAACUCCCUAGAGAAGAAGGUUUCCUUGCUGCAGAAUGAAAGUGUAGAAAAAAACAAGAGCAUACAGAGUUUGCACAAUCAGAUAUGCAGCUUUGAAAUUGAAAUUGAGAGGCAAAAGGAAAUGCUUCGAAAUAAUGAAUCCAAAAUACUUCAUUUACAGCGGGUCAUAGACAGCCAAGCAGAGAAACUGAAAGAGCUCGACAAAGAGAUCCGCCCGUUCCGGCAGAACUGGGAAGAAGCGGACAGCAUGAAGAGCAGCGUGGAGUCCCUGCAGAACCGCGUGACUGAGCUGGAAAGUGUGGACAAGAGCGCGGGGCAGGCGGCUCGCAACACGGGCCUGCUGGAGUCCCAGCUGAGCCGGCAUGACCAGAUGCUGAGCGUCCAUGACAUCCGCCUGGCCGACAUGGACCUGCGGUUCCAGGUCCUCGAGACCGCCAGCUACAACGGUGUGCUGAUCUGGAAGAUCCGUGAUUACAAGCGGCGGAAGCAGGAGGCCGUCAUGGGGAAGACCCUGUCUCUUUACAGCCAGCCUUUCUACACUGGCUAUUUUGGCUAUAAGAUGUGUGCCAGGGUCUACCUGAACGGGGACGGAAUGGGGAAAGGGACGCAUCUGUCGCUGUUUUUUGUCAUUAUGCGUGGAGAAUACGAUGCUCUGCUUCCCUGGCCGUUUAAGCAGAAAGUGACGCUCAUGUUGAUGGACCAGGGGUCCUCUCGGCGUCACUUGGGAGAUGCAUUCAAGCCCGACCCCAACAGCAGCAGCUUCAAGAAACCCACUGGAGAGAUGAAUAUUGCCUCUGGCUGCCCAGUCUUUGUGGCCCAAACUGUUUUAGAAAAUGGGACGUAUAUUAAAGAUGAUACAAUUUUUAUUAAAGUCAUAGUGGAUACUUCGGAUCUGCCCGACCCCUGACGAGUCACUGGGGAGGUGGAUUUAGCAGAAGGUAACUCCUCUGGAGGGUUUGAACCAGUCUGUCUUCACUGAGGUCCUCGCGCUCAGAAAAGGACCUUAUGGAACGGAGGAAGCGGCAGAAGGCGGAUGCGCAGCGGGUGGGAGGAGCCCCACAUGAAAACAACCUGAUGUGCUUUCUAAUAGACUAGCAGCACUCCGCUCUGAGGAAUUAUUUAUCCUUCGACGAGAUAAAUACUGCUGUCAGAGAAGGUUUUCAUUUUAUUUUUAAAGAUCUAGUUAAUUAAGGUGGAAAACAUACGCUAAAAAAAAGAAACAUGAUUUUUCUUCCUUAAACUUGAAUAUCACAAAAAGAAAACACACACGUGUGGGGAUAGCUGGACAUGUCAGCAUGUUAAGUGAAAGGAAAACUUAUGAAAUAAUAAUACAAUCCUGAUAUAUUCAUUCUAAAACUCAAGAGUGCAAUCUUGUUUCAAAUAUAGUAUAUUGUCUAUUUUUAA